CCAAGGUCAUCCAGUCCCACCCCGUCUUCACGCGCUCAGAGUAGUGAGGCUUGGAGGUGUCCCCUGUGCUCUCCAUGCCCAGCUCCCCACCCAUGGGUGCCGUGCGCCCGCUCACUCAGCUUGGAGGAGGCCUCCGAGCUCCGGUCUGCCCCGACCCAUCCCCACUUGACCACGGCCCCAGACAGGAUCGCUGCGGCCCAACCGUCCACCCCACGGUGCCGGCGUGUGGGGUCAGUGAGGUUGGGAAGGCCCCUGAGGUCACCCAGCCCAACCGCUGCCCCACAUCCCGCCCCCAAACCCCCAGGUACUUUGAGGCCUUGCUGCAGCUGAAGGACCAGCUCCGGAGGACAGGAGCGGAGUUCCUGAGCUGGACCGACAUCCAGGACAGCGUGCACGCCACCAACGCGGCGGUGCGGGACGAGAACGACCGGCUCCUGGCGGUGCAGCGGAUCAACGCGGCGCUGCUGCAGCCGGACCCGCAGAGGACGUUGGCGGCGCUGCUGCUGCCCGCGGCCGCUCUGCCCCACGCGGUGCUGCCCAACGCUCGGCGCUACCACCGCGUCCUCGGCCGCGCGCGGGCGGCCAAAGCUCAGGCCACCGGGGACGAGGGAGCCGAGCUCUGGUGGGAGGAGAUCGAGCGUGGGGUGCGCGUGGCCAACGAGGAGACGGCGGCGGCGAGGAGCAGUGAGUGCGGGGGCUGUGCUGGGAGGAAGGGGCUGCUGGCAGCUUCCCCCCCGAGCCCCCCCAUCUCUGCCUGCCCUGGUCCCUGAGCCCCCCACUUCUGCACUCCUCUUUCCUGAGACCCUGCUCCCUUCACCCCACGCUCCCUCUCCCCAAGCCCCUCAUCUUCUGUGCACCUCCUCCCUGAACCCUCCACCCCAUACUCCAUG